AGAAAACGGAGGAAGGAGAAAGAAGCGUGACCGUUUUGCUCACUGGCGGUUCCCGACACAAGUUACUGCGAAACCAUGGCGGCGCUGAAAUCGUUCAUCGAAGUUCGUCCGGACUCUCAUUUCCCCAUCCAGAACCUCCCCUUCGGCGUCUUCAAGCACCGGCCGAGUUCACUGCCUCGACCGGCGGUCGCCAUCGGAGACUACGUGUUGGACCUCUCGGAGAUCGCUCUCGCCGGCCUCUUCGACGGUCCUCUCCUCAGUUCCUCCGAUUGCUUCCUUCAGCCUAACUUGAACAAGUUCUUAUCCUUGGGAAGGCCUGCGUGGAAGGAAGCUCGAGCUACGCUUCAGAAGCUAUUAUCAUCUACUGAACCGAAGUUGAGAGAUGAUGCCAGUUUGAGGGAGAAGUCACUCCUGCCAAUGAGUGAGGUAGAGAUGCUUCUACCGAUUGUGAUAGGGGACUACUCGGACUUCUUUUCCUCGAUGCAUCAUGCAAAGAAUUGCGGAACCAUCUUUCGUGGACCUGAGAAUCCGAUCAAUCUGAACUGGUUCCAUCUUCCGAUUGCAUACCAUGGUAGGGCUUCGUCUAUUGUUAUCUCUGGAACAGAUGUCAUUCGGCCUAGAGGUCAGGGACCACCAACUGGAAGCCCCCCACCAUAUUUUGGACCUUCACGGAAGCUCGAUUUUGAGUUAGAAAUGGCUGCUGUCGUUGGUACUGGAAAUGAGCUAGGGAAACCAGUGGAUGUUAAUGAAGCAGGAGAUCAUAUUUUCGGGCUCGUAUUGAUGAAUGAUUGGAGUGCUAGAGACAUUCAAGCAUGGGAGUAUGUGCCUCUUGGACCUUUCCUUGGGAAGAGCUUCAUUACUACACUAUCCCCCUGGAUUGUAACACUUGAUGCCUUAGAGCCUUUUACUUGUGAUGCCCCUAAACAGGACCCUCCUCCUCUUCCGUAUCUGGCUGAAAAGUCAUCCAAAAACUACAACAUUUCCUUAGAGGUGCAAAUUAAACCGGCUGGAGUUGAGGAGUCAGCUGUGGUCACCAGAACCAACUUCAAUCACUUAUACUGGACCAUAACUCAGCAGCUAGCUCACCAUACAAUAAACGGCUGCAACUUACGACCAGGUGACCUACUCGGAACAGGAACAAUCAGUGGGCCGGAUCCGGAUUCCUACGGGUGCUUACUAGAACUGACAUGGAACGGACAGAAACCAUUGCCACUAAACAGCAACACAACACGAAAGUUCCUCGAAGAUGGCGAUGAAGUGACGAUAACCGGCUGCUGCAAGGGAGAUGGUUACACUGUCGGUUUCGGGACUUGUACUGGGAAAAUUCUCCCGUCGAACUCAUCCUAAAGAGCUGGUGAACUUCAUCUCCAGUGCGAGUGAGAGAGAGCUUCUGGAUCAUCAUCUAUCGCCAAAUAAGAGCUUUGUUAUGUUGUUUAGUUUCAGAAUCAGCCAUGUUAUUAGUGUUUUCACGCUUUGUCCACAUGAUAACUCGUCGUGGAUAAAGGUCUCUAAAGUAAAUAACGGGACUUGUCGGGGGGAACGGUAUAAUUUUCUCAGUGGUAUGUCAGGUCAGCAACCUGUAAAGGGUGAAAUCGGUCAGAGAACAAAACAACGUGAGAGGAUAAUUACAUAAAUUAUCAUAAAACUUUAGGGUAAGUGCUAGAUUAACCCAUUAACUUUCAGUUUUUAAUACCAUAUCAUUUCCAUCACCAACUGUCCAUUUCCCCUCCUCUGUCCCUAUCUUCAAGCUUUCCUCUCUCGCCAUGAGAGGAUUCCCAGAAUUCUACCACUUCUCCUCUUCAACAACAUCCACCGUCACCUACGCCUUCCACGAUGAAGCCACCCAACCGCCACCGCCGUUGACCAAGCAAAUUCCCAUCCACUCCACCAAACCACCAUCCAACGACACCAGAUCCGCCUCCGCCGCUGCGACCAAAAUCCAGGCGGCGUACCGCGCCCGCGCAAUCCGCCUGCUCUACCGCACCAUCUCGGCCGUGGACGCCGCGGCAGGGGAGAUCGAGCGGCGGAUCCAGCGGCAGGAGACGGUGGACGCGGUGAGGAGGGAGGAGAGGGAGAAGGCGAGGGUGAACGAGGAGCUGAUGCGGCUGCUGCUGAGGCUGGACGCCGUCCCCGGGUUCGAUCCGGCGGUGAGGGAGGCGAGGAGGAAGGCGAGCAGGUGGAUCGUCGGGAUCCAGGAGGUGCUCGACGGGAUCUGCGAAUCGAGAGUCGAGGAUUGGGACUGGGACGGCGGCGGAGGAGAGUUCGGGUGGGACCGAACGGUGGCGGAGAUGGAGGAGCGAGUGUGUAGGGAGAGAGGCGGCGAGGAGAUGGAGAAGUUCUGCGCUGAGUACCUCGGCUUCAGAUGCUUCCAGCGGUUUUUGCGGGAGUGAUUUGAGCUCGGCGCCAUAGCUAAUUACUGUUUGUUCAUGUGAGUUGGAUAAGUUAUGUUUACAACUUUACAUAAACGAUGUGAAGGUUAGUUUGUUUUCUUUAACCUACGAUUACAUUACAAUACGUACCAAAGGCAGCUCGGUUAGUGGUAACACCGUUUUGAGUUGACGUGUUCAAUAGACUCGUUAUGUCGUAACAUUAGAUUCGUUAAUAACUUUAGUGAUAACAUCAUUUCGUUGAACCAACUACGAAUAGAGUGCUAAAAGAGAUGUUUAUGUUAAAAAUUUCCUAGUCUAACCAGCAUUUUGUGAC